UGCUCACAUUAUUAUCCCCAAAUCUCGACAGCUCGUCGUACAGUAGAUGACAUUAAUGCCCGGAGACCGCGGGAUGCGCGUGUGACGCGGACAUAAACUAAAGGAAACCGUUAACUCUGGCGUUGGGCUUUUUGCUCCUGCCGCGGCUCCAGAACUCCUUCUUCAACUUCAACCAGAAGUUUGUGCUGACUGUGAAGACUGGCUGUGGUGUUCCUGUGUGGAGUGCACUGAAGAGAAACGUCACCCCACCCACUUGUGGAAAUCUCUUGUGUUCAACUUCCCCUAGAUGAUGGGACACACACAACUGGGUGUCGUCCUGCUGCUUGCCCUCAGCAGUAUGGUUUCUGCAGGUCCAGUGUCACGUAGUCCAUGUGAGUUAUUACCUGUAGGUGAAGGUCACCCUGUGCAGGCCCUGCUGAAGAGCUACACAGCUCUAUCAGGAUGCGCGAGCCGCGGAACCACCAGCCUCCCUCAUGAAGUUCACAUCAUCAACCUGCGCAGCAGCAACACUGAGGACCUGCCAGAAACUCCUGAGGUGGCGUUACAUUUGCGGCCCAUCCAGUCUCUAUCCGUGCACCAGAAGCCGCUGAUCUUUGUGCUCAACUCGCCCAAGCCUUUCCUGUGGAGGAUUCAUGCAGAUAACCUGGCUCCCGGAAUCAAAAGGGUCUUUUACGUGACAGAGAGCUCUGUUGUCCAGUUUGAGGAGAGAAAUCUGUCUUUCUCUUCUGAGGUGCACACAGAGACGUUACCACAUGGAAACGAGCACCUGAUGUCCUGGGCCAAACGCCAGUACCGUGCCAUCACAUCCUUUACCGAGCUCAAGAUGACCCAUGAUGUCUAUGUUAAAGUGGGAGAAGACCCAGUAUUUUCUGAUACCUGCAAAAUCGACAACAAGUUCCUGUCGCUGAACUACCUGGGGAGUUAUGUCCAGCCUCAGGCAUCCACUGGAUGUGUCCUCUCUGGUCCAGAUGGUGAUCAAGAUGUACACAUCAUCGAGCUGCAGGCCCCGAACUCCAGCAGUGCGUUGCAGGUGGAUGUGACAGUGGAUUUAAGGCCAGUGGAACCAGAAAUCCCGAUGCAUCGUAACAUUGUCUUGCUACUCAGAUGUGACAAGUCUGUGAACUGGGUGAUCAAGGCCCAUAGUAUCAUUGGCAAACUGCACAUAGUGACAUCAGACAGCGUUAGCCUGAAUGCUAGUACUGAGCAACUGAUGCAAGUGACUAAGGCGGUGAAGCAGAAGCUGCCUGCAGGAGCCCAGGCUCUGAUCCAGUGGGCUGAGGAAAACAACUACAACCCCGUCACUUCCUACACCAACACCGCCGUGGCUAACAUAUUCCACCUGCGUAUUAGAGAAGCAGUUAAAGGGUUUCCGUCCUCUACAGAAGUGUUUGGUAUAUUAGAGAGCAUGUUCCCCCCAGAUCUUUCUAUCCUUCGAAACACCGACUCUCAUGAACAAACCCGUCCCGACCUGCCCUUCUUCUUUCCUCCGGGUGGGGACUAUAAUCCAUCCUUUCCGUUCUCAACUUCUUUGGAGGAGCAGGAGUUGUCACGUCGGGGUCCUGAGGAGCACCGUGGAACUCUGAGUGGGCUUCUCAGCGUGCAGUGCGAGGAGAGCAGGAUGUUGGUCAGCAUUGACAAGGAGAGCCUGCAGGCGGCAGGUAUAAAUAAAGCCAAUAUAACCCUGCAGGACCCACAAUGCAAAGCAACAUCUAACGCCACACACUACAUCCUAGAGACUCCACUGUCUGGCUGUCAAACGACAAAAUACCCCCCGCACAACCCCAGCCCAAUAGUUCUCUACAUCAAUUCAAUUGUAAUUAAGCAGUCAGAGAGCAGCUAUGGCAGCGGCUGGCCGUCGGACGAUGAAGAAUUGGAGUCAGGAGACGUGCUCCUCCCAGAAAGAACAUCGUCUGGACACCAGUCUACCAUCAUGUUUAACUGCAGCUACCGUCAGGCUGAAAAUGCUCUUCCAAACCUUCCUAGAAUUCGGCUAAAUGCUCAGCAUGAACACAUGGAAAACGUGACAUUCAGCAUGGAGCUAUACGACACCAGCCUGUUUCGACAUCAACAAGCUUCCUCCUUCUUCCAGGUCACGGAGAACAAGUCCAUUUAUGUGGAGAUCUCAGCUACUAAAGCAGAUCCUGAUCUGAGCUUCAUGAUUCAGACAUGCCACAUCUCUGCCAACUCUAAUCAUGAGGUGCCUUCUGAUUUUACCCUCAUUGAGAACGUUUGUCCCAAGGACGAGUCUGUCCGUUACUACCCUCAGAAAGUGGACAGAAAGCGCUUCAGCUUUGACUUCAGGACAAUGUUCAAAGUACCCUUGUUGUUCCUGCACUGCGAAAUGUCCCUCUGCUCGAAGACCAAGGACACACAUCCAGAACUGCCAGAGUGCAUGCAUCAUAAAGAGGCCUGCACGUCUGUCAGUGCGGAAACCGUUAUCAAAAUGAUGAUGAACAGUAAAACCUGCACAAAACCACUGGUGGUCAUUGAAGGCGGCAACGAAGUUGAUGAUGACAUCAAUAGUGAGUACACAGAUGGAAAUGUGCCUGAUUCCAUAUCCAACACACCUGGGCCUUCAAGUGACACACACGUUUAUGUCCUGGACACUCCUACCGUGGUUGGCAUUGCCUUUGCAGCCUUUGUAAUAGGAGCUCUCCUUACAGGCGCCCUCUGGUUCAUCUAUUCACACACAGGUGAUCCUGCGGUAAGGCAGAAUGUGCCCAGGUCUCCUCCUGCCUCUGAGAACAGCAGUGCAGCUCACAGUAUCGGCAGCACUAAGAGCACACCAUGCUCCAGCAGCGGCAAUGCAUAGCAUGUGCACAAACACACACACUCACACACACACCCACACACAGAGCGAGGGCCCGGCAGGUCACCACAUGGGGCUCGGAUCACAUGAAUUUUUCAACAUCAUCAAUCUUGGAUGCUUUCUGAACAUAAAGAACCGAAUGCGUCUUGUAGAACAUCACAGCUUGUAACCUGCUCAAUUUUUAUCCUAAAAUAGUCGGGAAUGUGAAAAAGGAGAAGAAACAAAGCCUUGACAAAAUGUGGAUGAAAGAUGAUAAAAUGCUGUUGAGGAACCAGGCAUGAAAAACCCCUUACAGCAGCAGGUUUAAUUUUUUCCCCAAAUACGGUUGGAAACGUCUGUUGAUAACAAAGCUUGUUUACUGCAUUCGUUUUUAUGGUGUGGAAGAAGCUGGAAGAUGAGGGAGUCCGAUGCUGGGCGUGUGGUUGCACAACGUUUCAGUGCGCCAAAGCAAGCAUGAUUUCUAUUCGGGCAAGAUUUCAGCCAAUUCGUAAUUAAUACAAUGCCUGUCUGGUUUCAGAGCAAUAAUAAUUCCAAAGGGAAAAAACAGACUGCAUAUUUGACACAAACUACUGCAUUUUAUCCGUUGACUAGACAUUUAUAAUCCAUGUUCCAGUGAAAAAAGCUUUCAAGAAAGUUUUUGUUUUUUAAUUUUAUGUUCCACAGGUGUAUUUUUUUUCUGCAGGACUUGUUAGAACUACCAUAAAAGCAUCACAGCCAAACCAGCACUUAAUCCAAUAAUAUAUACAUAUAUGCACUUAUACAUUACAAGUGUUAUAAUAUAACAGAGCCUAAGUGCAUUAACCUAGCAAAAGAUAUAUAUAUACUAGAUCAAAGUAUUAAAAAUACAACCAGCAAUGAAAUUGUGUUUCCAUGUGGAACAGGUUUUUACAUGACAUAUACAUGGCAUGAUUUUUAGGGAUACUGUUGGGUUAGUAUUGGGAUUAGUAGUCAGGGUUAGAAUUGGGGAGAUUAGUCAGGAAAUUAUCAUUCUGUAGUGAAGAACCUCUUCAGUUGCAUUUUCUGAGCCAUCUUUAAAAUGAAAUGAUUAUAGUUUUUAAAACAUAACUUGUAGUUUGUUCCAUCAGUUUAAAAAUAAGCAUUAAUUUUAUUAUUUAGCAUCUUAAUUUAAACUGAUCACUAUGGACCUAAUAUAGUAUUAUUCAUUUAAAUAUCAUUAUACCUAUUAUAUUGUUGUUUUUUUUGUGUUUUUUUUUACAAUUACUAUUAUAUAAUUGGUCACGUUUUUUCUUUUUUUCUUUUUUGUCUUUUUACAAUACGGACUAUUGGUUAUUGCAUGUUAUUGGUUGAGACUAAGCCAAUAUUAUACCAAUAACUUGUCAAUAAUAGGGAAAAAAAUCUUAUUACAGUAUAUGGGUUCUACAGGUUUGUGAUAUUAUUUUUGAAAUAGAAAAACGCAACACUAUUGGGUCCUUUAGUGUCAAUUAUUUUUUAUUUUUUUAUCAGAUAGUACACUUUAUAUAAGGAUCUAUUGUAAAAAAAAAAACAUAUAUAAAUAUACAUAUAUAAAUAUAUUUUUGUACAUAAAAUUUUGAUAAAUAAUUUCACAAUGAAAAUUAUCCCACAAUAUUUUCCUAAAGCUGUCUAAAUUUUAAGCCAAGCUAAAUAUUUUUCUUUUUACGUUUAAUAUGCGUAGUAUAAAGAUAUACAGUGCCUAUAUAAGAAAUCAUUUGAAAAAAAUAUUUAUUUAUAGAUAUAUGUGCAACAAAUAUAUAAUGAUUUUGGCUUAAACAUUAGAGCAGUCUUCCAGACAUUUGGAAACAUUUUGGAGCAUCUUUAAGAAAAAGCUUGAUGUACUGUAGAUAUAAGGAGAAGCUACAGGAAUAUGGAGAAGCAGAGCUUAGAGAUUGGGCUGAAUCUAUUACAGACCCUAUCUGACCAUUUAUAAAGAGAGAGUAGUUUAUUAACAGAUUACAUUAUCUCUGUCGUGGCUUUUAUGUAUUAUUUGUGUAUAGCAUGCAAUGUACAUUUAAUGUAUAAAAAGAUGUAACUUCAAAAUUAUCAAAGUGAUUCCAUCAUAAAAAAUUCCCCAGUGUUGAAUUGGAAGUGUUUAGCUAUGUACGCUAUGCAGCCAAAAGUUUGCGUGUGACACCUGACCAUCAUACUCGUAUGUGCUUUUUAAACAUCUCAGUCCUCCUUUAUUUUUGUAAUAUACUUUAUCAGUAUGGGAAGGCUUUCCACUAGAUGUUGGACCAUGGCUGUGGAGAUUUGCGCACAAGAGCAUUAGUGAGGUCGGGCAUUGAGGACUGGUUUCCAGUUUAUCCCAAAUGUGUUUAUUGAAGUGGUGGUUAGGGCUCUGUGCAGGACACAGUUCUUCCUGGCAAACCAUGUCUCUGUAGAGCUUGCUUUGUGCACAGGAGCAUUGUCAUGCUGUGACAGGUUUGAGCCUCUUAGUUCCAGUGAAGGGAAAUUGUAAUCCUGAAGCUAACAAGGCCAUUCUAGACAAUGUGUAUUUCCAGCAUUGUGGCAAUACAGUGUUUGGGGAAGUACCACAUACAUGUAUGACUGUGAUAUUCACCAACUUUUGGCUGUAUAGUGUAGUUGAACACAGUAGUAAAAGAAAAAUAAUUGCUGCUUGAUAGCUCUGUAGACUUAGAGCAACACCUUGGCCAAAAGGAAAUUUGACAGCCUCUUUUUUUUUUAUCUUGCAUGAAGAAAUUUUAAUUUCUGCACCAUUAAUCUACUAAUCUGCCACAUGUAAAUAAUCCAUUUUUUAAAAAAGCACCAGGUAAAAAUAGGUUAAACUAACAUUCCAACUAACAUCUCAUUAUUGUAUUAUCAUUGUUGUUAUUGUAUAUUUCUUUUGCAUUUCCAUAUAGGCCUUGUUUUAUAUGUGUUUUUGCUAGGUGUCCGUGCAAAGUGUAGCCAAAGCGAUUCCCACCGUCACAAACAAACAUGAAUGUUGCCAUUUUUAAACAUGCCUUAAUGUCAGAUCACAUACUUGUGAAACGAUGUGACUAAAGAGGGGAGCUGGUUUGGCUUGGUUUGCUUUGUACACAGCGCUUAGCAUGUGAAGCUUCAUAAACUCUGUGCAUCUCAUAACUGGGUCACUUGCUGCAGAAUUUGUAGAAUGUAUUUUAUUUUAAAGCUUUGAUGUGCGUGUAAACUUGUAUAGAUGUCUUUAAAACAGAGCAAACAGAGUAUGAAUAUAGAUAUAGAUAAAUAUGUAUGUGUAUAAAGAUAUAUUUUAAGAAAAACUUUAACCUAGAGCCAAGCUAUGAUUUUAUGAUCAUAAACUGUGAAUUUUUUUUUCUUUUUUAGCUUAUUUCUGUAGAUAUGGAUAUGGGACAAUCCAAAAUAACACUGAGUUGCCAGUUUAUUACAUCCACCUACCUGCUGUGCUGAAAAUAAUAAAGUAUUAAAAUUACAUCUGCUCAGUGAUGGGCCUGAAGUGGUGUGUUUAGGAUGGAAGGCAGGAUAGAUGGAGGCUGACACAUACGUAGCAUUAUACAUAAGAGAUUAGACUAUAGCUCGUAAUUGCUUUCAUAACAUGCGGCUGGGUAGUAGAUUGAUCUGAUAAGCUGGAAACUCUGUGUUAAUCUUUAUUUUUGUUUCUUUUAUGUAGCAAUUUGGUGGUUUACAUAUAAAGUAUAUGUUUAAUAUAUGUAAUGCAUAUAUGCACACACACAGAUCAUCCAUAACAUUGAUACAAAGGCCGGUCUGUCUGGUCCGAUUCCACAGAAAAGCCAAUGCAGCACAAAUUGAAGAGGAAAAAAGUUGAUGUUGGCAGAAAAGUAACACUCAUUGCAUCACACCGUGUAUAAAGCUUAGCGGGCAAAGAGUUCAAAGUUGAUGAUCUGGCCUCCAGAUUCCUCAGAUCUAAAUCUGAUCAAACAUCCGUGGAAUGUGUUGGACAAACAAGCCUGAUCCAUGAAUGCCCCACCAUGCAACUAAGCUGCUUUUAAUGUUAUGGCUAAUUGGUGUGUGUGUGUGUAUCUGUGUGUCUAGUUUGUGUGCCUUUUUUUUUACAUCAUACAAUCAUAUGCUUUCAUGUAAACGCUAUACGUAUGUGAUGUAUGUGAGUAUGCAUAUGUGAAUGAUUUUGCCACGUCUAAAACUAUAGAGAUUAUUUCUUUUUUCAAUAUUUUAAUUGAGUAUCAUUAACAACUAUUAACCAAACUUAAUUAUAUCAAGCAAAGAAGCAAACGAAAACCAGUCACCCUAUUUACUCCAAUGCAAGGUUGGGUAAAAUCCUGUGGUUUGCUGAGUGAGUGAGAGUGGGCAAGAGUCCAAGGAUAUUUUCUCAAAUUCCAGUAACACAGAAGGUGUAUGACUUCUUCGAAGACUUUCUCAUUCAUGAAAAAUGUACCGAAUGUCAAAACCAUUUUAGAAGCAAAAUACUUUUGCAAAAUGUAUAAACAACAAAAAAAAACUCGUUUUUGAGAGCUAAUGAGAGCUAACUCUAAAAGCUAUGAGAAUAAAAGGAUAACAAAUGAGAUUUUCUUCCAUCUUAAAAAUAAAAUUGAGUUUCAUUAUAUUCUAACUGCUCUAACUGUUUUUGUCUUUUUAUUUUAUUUUAUUUCUACUCUGUUUGUUUAAGACUGUUGGCAUAAAAAUGUAUUCCCAAAACAACUAUGCUGUCAUGCACAUUGUGAAAUUGGAAAUUAUUUAAACAACAUAUUCCACUGUAGUCACAUUAAAAGCACACAUUCCUAGAACGGCAGAUAUUUGUUUAUGCUUUGUAUUUGUCUGAAUGUUUGUUGUAUAUCUACCUCAUGUUUCUGGUGUGUAUGAGUGAUUGUCCAGAAUGUGCGUGUGUGUGUGUGUGUGUGUCUAUCUUAUUCAGUUUGAGUAGCUUUGUGUGCUGUUUUCCAUUACAUGUGCAUUGUAAGAAUCACUAAAAGCUGGAUUUUUAUACCAUAUAUUUAGUACAUGUUAAUGUGAAGUUAAAAAGAAAAAAACACUCAAAGCCGCUCUGUUGACAAUUCAGGUCCGUCUGUUGGCUGUCGUUUCUAAUCGUAUGUGAAGCUUUUCAUUUGUCUGUAAAUAAACUGUGCUGUAAAUAUGCAUUCUCUUUAAAUGUCCUGUGUAUAUAUAUAUAUAUAUAUAUAUAUAUAUAUAUAUAUAUGUAUGUAUAAAAAUAAAUCCGUAUAAUCAUCACUAAAAUGUGGUUGUACAUCUUUGUGGUUUAAAUUUUUUUGUGUUUUUUCAAAUCCAGAAUGUACAGCUUUAAAUAAAUCUUUGUUGCAACUA